AAGCAAUUGUGUUAUCAGAGCUAGAUUUCUCCUUCUCUUGUGAAAAUGGAUUUGCCAAUGGAUGCGAAAAUAUUCAAGUCCAAGGUGACUCUACUAGUGCUAGCUGAGUCUGCAAACUGGUCAGGAAUUGAAGAAACAUUGAGGAGUAGCAGAGAUUUGACCGUCAAGUCUAUUAAUCGAGAAACAGGUUUUAUAUCAAUUGAAGGUAGAAUUGACCCAGACAAAGUUGUUGCAAUGCUUCAAAAAGUAGAGAAAGAUGUUUAUUUUGUUAAUAUGGAGGUUGAAGAUAAUUCAGACAAAACGGACGUUGUCACGAUGGAAAAUAAAAUAAAGGAAAUUUGUGGGAUCUCCGAUGAAACAUUGGGCUCUCCAACAAAAAAAUAUACAACUGUGGAGAAAUUCAAGGCGACUCUAGCAGUGGCAUCUAGCUCUCCAGAUUGGUCUAAAAUUGAAGAAACAUUGAGGAGCUCAAGAGAAGUGACCGUCAAGUCCAUUAACAAAGAAGAAGGCUCGAUAUCAAUUGAAAGUAAAGUUGAUCCAAAAGGAGUGGUCGAGAUGCUUGAAGGGGUAGAGAAACAUGUCUACAUCGUUAAUCUCGACGUUGAAAGUAAAAUUGAUCCAGAAAUAAGGAGAAUGCUCGAAUCCUUGGAUUCGGCACAGGAAAACCCUCCGAGUUAAACAGACUCGUCCGAGAGAAAAAGAAGUCGGUUAUGUUUGAUUAAGGAGGAGACAGAGACAUAAACAAGUAUAAUUUCAGAAUGGAUUUAUGUUUUUUCAAAAUAAAAAAAACAAGUAAAUAUAUAUUCUUCUUGUCUCAA